GGCUUUUUUUCUUUUUCUUUCUGUAUCCUUCAUUUUUUUUUUCUUCCAACAAUUAAGAUGCCACGCGAAGGAAAAAAGGUCGCUAUCCAAAGUAAAAAGUCCAACAUAUUUUAUGAGAAUUGGAAAGUUUACUCUACCGGUCAUAAACUCAUGUUUCGCUGUAACCAAAAAAAAGCGGACUGGUAUUUAAAGAGGGAUUUAGCAGUUUUACUUCCAAAAGAAUCCCGAUCGAUCAAGUUGACUUUUGAAGCAAAAGGCGAUGGCCAUAAAAAGGGCGAUUACAUGGUAGAAGAUCGCAACAAUAUGUGUGUCGCAUGUGGUUCGACAAAAGACCUCUCCAUUCACCACGUCGUGCCUGAAAUGUAUCGACAAUGGAUGCCUUUAGUGAUUAAAGCAAAGUCCAGUAGAGAUUUAUUACUGCUGUGUCAACAUUGUCGUUUAAGUUAUGAGCCCAGCGCCAUGGAUUUCAAAAAGAGAUGCGUCCGUGAAUUCAAUAUUCCGUUGGAAGGUCGAGGCUGGGUUUCUUUACCUCAUUACAAAGUGGCAAAGAAGGCGGCUUCUGCUUUAAAAAUGCAUUCAAACGUGAUACCCGCAGACCGUCAAGUAACAUUAAAGACCACCGUGUUCGAUUUCUGGGAAAAGCAUGGAUCCGAAGUGGAUGAGGAACUUGCAGCCAAGGACACGGAGGAAAACUGGGAUUCAAUUUUGGAAGUCUGUAGCACAUUAGUAGACCAUUUUAAAGGACCUGAUUACAUUGAGCAUGCCAAUAGCGCCAUCGAACAAUUAACCAAAACAGUGGAAUUAGACAGUGAAGGUAGAGAAACAUGGCCCGACUUGGAGGAUUUCAUCAAAGAUUGGAGACGCCACUUUUUAAGAAAUCUCGAUCCAGAAUUCUUAAGUGAAUUAUGGACUGUCGAUGGUGACAUUUACACCCGAUAGCCGGAGUUGGAUUUACGCAAACACACACAAACAAAAAUAAAUAGAAAAAAAAAUCCUAUUUAGUUCUUUUUUUUUUAGC